GUUCCGUAGUAAGUGUCACGGCAUCUGUGUUAUUUAUUAACCAAUUAGGAGGAGAUUACGAGUUUCAAUUAAUCAAUGAAAUCCUACUGGUCUUAUCUUUAUUGACAAAUCAGUUUCCGAUUCCCAGGUCAACCGCCGCUCAUAAUGAACCCUGCGUUAUCAUCUGGACCAAUGACGAGCAGCGGCAGCAGCUGUGGAGAACCAACCAGCGACGGGCUGCUCUUUGAAUGAACUGUAACAAGGUGUUGUUCUUGCCCCCUCCCUCUGUCCUCUGUCUUCCGGGAACACUAAUAGACUUCAUGCAGAGUAAUGCGACCAAUUGAAUCAUCCUCGCCCCAGAGCUGGAAGUUGCAGAUCAGAGGAGCGUGAGGAGGAGUGUGUCUCUCGCUCGUUCUGGCUCCCACACAGGAAACAAAACUCUCAGGGGUGACACUUAAUCAUCAUCUGGACAGACGCUAGGGUUGGUUGUUUUGUUUUUUUUAAUUAUUAUUAUUUUGCACUUUGUUCUGUGAGGAUCUGGUGGCCCCCUUCUCCAUCUGCCACAGCUCAGUUGCCUGCUUGUGCAGACCACAGAUCAGCUUUUGGGGGAAAAGGUCAGAGGGUCCCUGAGUGGCCCUGUCUGCAGCUGCAGGAUCCUCUUCACCUCGACCUGCCCUGCCUCAGAUCAACCUCUGACCAUGACCACAAAGUCCACCAGUAGCGUUCUGGGCGGGAAAGCUUCUUCCUCUCCUCUUCUGUCCUCUCCGCUGCGUCAGCGCCUGGUCACUAAAGACGGACACUGUUCCCUCACUCCUCCCCUUUGUCCCUCAAGGUCAUGGUGCGGGGUCUCAGCCAGAGCAUGGCUGCUUGCUCUGCAAGACUUGUGGGGUCUUUUGGUGGGUCUGCGAUGGAGGUGGGUCCUGCUGGCCUUCUGUGCCUCUUUCCUUGCCCAUUGGCUGUUGUUUGCAUGUCUGUGGUACCUAUUGGCCCACCUGAAUGGAGACCUGGCUGUGAAAGACCACGACGCCCCUCCUCAGGGACACGUGGUUUGUGUAAAACACAUCACUAGCUUCACUGCUGCCUUUUCCUUUUCCCUGGAGACACAGCUGACGAUUGGAUACGGCACCAUGUUCCCCAGUGGGGACUGUCCCAGUGCCAUAGCACUGCUGGCUGUUCAGAUGCUGCUGGGUCUGAUGCUGGAGGCUUUCAUCACCGGUGCUUUCGUAGCCAAGAUUGCGCGUCCCCAGAAGCGUGCGGGAGCCAUCCAGUUCAGCCCCCACGCAGUGGUGGGCCAGCAUCAAGGCCAAACGUGCCUCAUGCUGAGAGCCAACAACCUACUGCAGCGACCUCUGGUGGACGUAAAGAUCAGCGGAGUGCUCUACGAGGAACAUGACGGCCAGGCGCUGCACCAGACCUCUCUCGACUUCCGCCUGGAUCAGCUGGGCCAGCAGCCGUGUCCUUUCUUCAUCUUCCCGCUCACCUUUUACCACUCUCUGGACCGCCGCAGCCCCCUCUACCCCAUUCUGUGUGAGGGCACCCCCAACCACUUCGAGUUGGUGGUCUUCCUCUCAGCCUUGCAGGAAGGAACCGGGGACCUUUGUCAGAAGAGAACCUCGUACCUGCGUCAAGAAAUACUGUUUGACCGUCGCUUUGUGCCUGCGCUGGUGCUGGACGCCCGGGGCAGGUACAUGGUGAGUAGCCAACACUUUGACACAGCCCACUCAAAGGAGCCUUUGAACAAGGAUUGUGUGGUGCAGAUCAAUGGAGACGGCAGCGAAAGGAUGGAGUAAAAGCUGUUCAGUGGGAGGUUUCACAGGGACAGGUGGGGGUUUUCAAUGGGGAGGGGGGAAAAUAGGAGAUAUUUUUUGUCACAAACUACUUGAUUUCAUUUAUAUAUAAUAUAAUUUUAAUGACACUGCAUGAGAAAUAUAGGUGCUGCUGUAAUCAACCUCACACUCAACACUCAAAAUUCAUGUAAAACAAUGUCUGGCCAGUAGGAGGCACCACACAAUGUGAACAAAAACUGUUUUUUUUUUUAACAAAAAUAUCAUCUUUCAGAUAUUUUGAACUAAAAGUAAAGCUAUGCAUUAGCACAGUUAAAUUAAAUGAUCAAAUUGAAAAUACAUUCGUGGCAUUUGUCCUAGAUAUUCAGCACAGAAAAAAAGUUCUUAAUAUACUGGCCAGUUUGUUUUUGUUUUUGCACCACGGACAACAUUCUACAGCUGCUGAGGUGCAGCUUAAACGCAAAUAAUAACAAAAAUGAUUUGUAUAUAAAAAAUAAAGUAAAACUCACUAUAACAUAGUAGCUUUGGCACG